AUGGCUGAAACACCUCAAAUCGCAACACUUCAACAGUACGGAGCCCAAUUCAGGGUCAUCCUUGAAGAUGAGGUCAUUACCAAGAAGAACGGGAUACUAGAAUACGCCCUCACCGGGAAGCUGCGCGAACCAAUGCGUAAAGCUCUCUCAGAAACGACUGUCAAGACCAUUCGAAAAGGAGAUAAUAUAGCUGUUGAUCUUGUCCUUAAGGAUGAGGCUGUUGUUGAAGGAUUUCACGUCAACAUCGUCUCAGAGGCUCGAUUACGCAAAUCCAACGCAUGGUAUUCAGGCUUUGAUUGCUCCCUGUGUUUUGAUGAAGAGACCUCAGAGCGCACAAGCUGGGGGGUGGAACCGCAGCAGAGCACACGAUCAGACUUGGAAAGCUCUCUGCAAGCGGAAAAAAAGCUUGCGCCUGAAGGCCUCAACACGCCCCGUAUUAAACCAGAGAGAAACCCGGACAGCGCACCAGACCUGGGACGCGAGUAUGCUCUCCCACGCUCUCGGAGUGCUAGUUUUGAGCGCCCCGGAGCAGAGGAACAACCAUCAGAGCCGCUAGGAAUUCAGCCUCCUGGAGAAGAGAUGACCGAUGAUCCUCAACGGCUGGGAUUAGAUGAAAUCGAGCAGAGUCAGCACCAACAAGAAGCUCUAGAAGCAGCCGAAUCCACUGAGGGAACGCUGCUGAAGAGAGUGACGGCAACAGCAGAAAGUCACCCGUCGAAGAAGAUCAGGCAAUGGAAGAAGUAG